AUGGCAUCGAGUGUGCAGCAGCACCGAAGCGCCAGCGGGGGCGGCGUCGGUGCAUCAGUGCACCAACAGCAGCAGCAGCAGUCGCAGCAGCACCAACCGGGUGCCGUGCAGCCGGCGGGCCCGUCGCUGGCGGCGCGCCUGGCGGCGAUGAGCGAGCAGCAGCUGCGCCAGCACAUUGUCGCCGACCGCACGCGCCUCAAGCAGAUGAGCGAGCAGCUCAGAGAGGCGCAUGACGCCAACGCGAAGCUGCACGCCGACACGCAGCACCUGCAGCACCAACUCAAGCUCGCCAACGCCCUGGCGCGCGCCCCAGACCGGCCCGCGGCGGACGCCGCACUGCAGGAACUGCUGGUUGAGCUGCAGGGGCACAUGAGGGACCUGACGCUGCAGCUGACCGCGGCGCGCGAGGAGGCGGAUGCGCACAAGCGCGCCGCGCAGCAGCACGCGGCGGCGUCGGCGGCGGCGCAGCAGAAGCUGGAGGCGGCGCGCACAAGCAGCGGCGGUGGCGCCGCGAGCGACGGGGGCGCUGAGCUGGCGCAGCUGAGGGACGAGCUGGCGGCCGCGCAGCGACGCGCUGAUGAUCUGCAGCAGGAGCUGUCGGCGCAGCAGUUCAAACUGGAGGUCGGGUCGGCCAGCAGCGGCGACGUGGCGCAGCUCAAGGGGCAGCGGCCCGGCGGCGAGCAGCCGGCGCCCGGGGAGGCCGCGGCGGCGCGGCUCGCGGCGGCGACGGCGCGCGCGGAGGAAGCUGCGGGGCAGCUGGAGGCGGUGCGGGCCGAGCUCGCGGCGGCGCGGCAGCAGCUGGAUACGCAUGCGGCGCGCGUGCGGGAGCUGGAGCAGCAGCAGGAGCAGCAGCAGCCGGGCGCGCUUGGCGCCGCGGCAGCGGCAGAUGCGCAGCGGCUCGAGCAAGAGCUGCGCGCCGCGACCGACGCGGCGGCCGCGGCCGCCAAGCGCGCGGACGAGCUGGGCGCGUCGCUCGCGGCGGCGCGCGCUGCGGCGGAGGAGGCGGAGCGCAGGAGCGGCGACGCGGCGGCGGAGGCGGCCGGCCUGCGGGCGCAGCUGGCGGCGGCGGCGGCGGCGGCGGCGGCGCCCGCCGGCGGACGCAACUCGGACCCGUCCUCUCUUCUUACAGACGAGAUGGACCGCCUGCGGUCGCAGCUGUCCGCUGCGCAGGCGCGCGCGGCAAAGGCCGAGCAGCGCUCUCUUGAGCUUGCAACUGAGAUGGCGGUGGUGGAGCGCAAGGCCAUCAACCAGUCCGAGCGGAUGACCCUGAUGGUGGAGGCCGAGCACAAAGCAAACCACUUUGAGGGGCUGUCCAAGGACCUGGAGGAGCAGCUGGAGGCGGAGAAGCUGCGCGCCCAGCAGCUGGAGAACGAGCUGGCGGACCUGCAGGUCGAGAUGGAGCAGAUCCAGGAGGCUGCAGACUCCACAGAGCAGGACUAUAAGCAGCUGAGGGCGCAGCUGGACAAGCUUGCGGAAGCUAAGUGGAAGCUGGAGGCGCGGGAAGCUGAGGGCAGCCGGCGGCGCGCGGGCACGCGUCAGGCUGCGGCUGUGAGGCCGCCCCCGGCCUGA